AGCGAGUGAGCCAUCCGUGCCAAGAAGCAAGCUUUCUCUCACGAAAAACAAACAAAAUGAUGAACGCAAAGCACAUCGACCUCAUCCCGGGGAUGCCCGACGACGUCGCCGUCGACUGCCUGGCGCGCGUCCCGCACGGCGCCUUUCGCUCGAUGCGGCGCGUCUGCCGAGGGUGGAAGAGCGCCGCCGCGGCGCCGGACUUCGCCCUGGCCCGUGCGGAGGCAGGCGCCAACGAAGAUCUCGUCUUUCUUCUGCAGUUCUGCAACCCGGCCGCCGGGGACGACGGUGGCCCCAAGGACGGCGACGCGCCGGAGAACUCCCCGGCCUACGGCGUGGCCGUGUACAACGUCACCACCGGGGAGUGGCACCGCGAGCGCGAGGCGCCGCCGAUGCCGAUGUUCGCGCAGUGCGCGGCCGUGGGGACCCGCCUCGCGGUGAUGGGCGGCUGGGACUCCAAGACCUUCGAGCCCGUGGCGGACGUCCACGUGCUCGACGCCGCCACCGGCGUGUGGCGCAGGGGCACGCCGAUGCGGUCGGCGCGGUCCUUCUUCGCGUGCGCGGAGGCGGGAGGCAAGAUCUACGUCGCCGGCGGCCACGACAAGCUCAAGAACGCGCUGAAGACCGCGGAGGCGUACGACGCGGUGGCCGACGGCUGGGACCCGCUCCCGGACAUGUCGGAGGAGCGCGACGAGUGCGACGGCAUGGCCACCGUCGCCGGCGACCGGUUCCUGGCCGUGAGCGGGUACCGCACGGGGCGGCAGGGCGGGUUCGAGCGCGACGCGGAGUGGUUCGACCCGGCGACCCGCGAGUGGCGCCGGCUGGAACGCGUGCGCGCGCCGCCGUCGGCGGCGCACGUGGUGGUGCGCGGCCGGGUGUGGUGCAUCGAGGGCACGGCCGUGAUGGAGUGGCGCGGGGAGCGCCGAGGCUGGAUCGAGGUGGGUCCCUACCCGCCGGGGCUCAAGGCCGGCACGGCGCGCGCGGUCGCCGUCGGUGGCGGCGAGCGUGUGGUGGUCACGGGAGCAAUCGAGUCCGGCGGGCACGCGCUGUGGGUGUUCGACGUCAAGUCCAAGAACUGGACCGUGGUUCAGCCGCCGGCGGAGUUCGCCGGCUUCGUCUUCUCCGUGGCUUCCGUCCGCGUGUGACCGUCCCCCGUCUCCAUUGCCCACGCCCGACCAAGAAGACUACUACUAGUGAGUCUGUAUGUGAGUUCUUGAGUUGCAGUGCUUUUGCCGUUGAUGGAUCUGAGAUCCUGCGCAACGACUACAAGAAAUUGGGGAAAACAAAAAAACGGAGGAAUCAUGGUGUUGAGACAGUCUAGCUAGUACUACCUUUUUUCUGUUGUUGAGACAGCUUGGUGUUUUUAGUUCCAAGAUUUGGGAUUGUUCUUGUGAGAUGUGUAUUAUCAUCAAUCAGUCAAUCAAUCACUGUUCCUCCGGUUCA